CUCGGCUUAAAAAGGGAGUUUUUUAGCGGCCGAUAUCAGCAAGGACAAGUUCAUCAAGAAAGAAAGAAGAAAAAAAAAACAUCGAGAUUUUAUUCAUUCUUAUUCUUUUCACGUUGGAACUUCAUUUUUUUUCUCCAAAUAACUUGCCUUUAAUUCAUUCUUGAGGAUUAUUGCUGGAUUUCUAAAUAUUUUUCUUGCGGGACUUUGUGACUUUAGCUCUGCUGUUCUCAUUAAGCAGGCAGCAGCUUGGUGCUUCACCAUGAAGUUGACAGGGAUAUUUUUGCUAUUGAUGUUUUGGACCUGCGAGAGUGCGCGAGUCGCAGAGAGCCGAGACGACAAUAGUGUGUAUGACUUGUUUGAGCUCGUCAAAGUCCCGAAAAAGAACCACGGGGUCACCCUAGUGAAAGGAGACGACCCGUACAGCCCCGCCUACAAGAUCCUCAACCCAGACCUGAUUCCCCCAGUCCCCGAGAGCGCCUUUAGGGACCUGAUCGACUCCAUCCACGCCGAGAGGGGAUUCCUCCUCCUGCUCAACUUCAAGCAGUUCAAGCGGACCAGGGGAAGCCUCUUGACCGUGGAGAAGCAGGACGGUUCCGGACCCGUAUUUGAGAUAGUCUCCAACGGCAAGGCGAACACCUUAGACAUCGUUUUCUCCACCGAGAAAAAGCAGCAGGUGGUUUCCAUUGAAGAUGUGGAUCUGGCCACGGGCCACUGGAAGAACAUCACGUUGUUCGUGCAGGAGGACUGGGCGCAGCUGUACGCGGGAUGCGAGGAGGUGAGCACCGCCGAGUUGGAUGCGCCCAUCCAGAGCAUCCUGACGCAGGAGACCCCGGACAGCGCGCAGCUCCGGAUUGGGAAGGGAGCCGUGAAGGACAGAUUCAUGGGGGUCUUACAAAACGUGCGUUUUGUGUUUGGAGCAUCACUAGAGGCCAUCCUCCGUAACAAAGGAUGCCAGAGCUCCAUGACCACUGACUCAAUGAUUCUGGAGAACCUCAAUGGCUCCUCUGCCAUUAGAACAGAGUACACUGGACACAAGACUAAAGACCUGCAUAUGGUCUGCGGCUUCUCCUGUGAGGACCUGGUCAGCAUGUUUAAGGAGCUGAAGGGCCUCGGUGUGGUGGUCAAGGAGCUGUCCAAUGAACUCCGCCAACUGACGGAUGAGAACAAGCUGAUUAAGAACCGCAUUGGCAUUCACAGCGGCGUCUGCAUCCACAACGGCAUUGUGCACAAGAACCGAGACGAGUGGACCGUUGAUGACUGCACAGAGUGCACUUGUCAGAACUCUGCGACUGUGUGCCGCAAGAUCUCCUGCCCCCUUAUUCCCUGUGCUAAUGCUACUGUUCCUGAUGGAGAGUGCUGUCCACGCUGUGGAACACCGAGCGACUAUGCAGAGGACGGCUGGUCGCCGUGGUCUGAAUGGACCCAUUGUUCCGUGUCUUGUGGGCGGGGCAUCCAGCAGCGUGGGCGCUCUUGCGACCGUAUCAAUAACAACUGCGAGGGCACCUCUGUGCAGACCCGCGACUGCUACCUCCAGGAGUGUGACAAGCGAUUCAAGCAAGACGGCAGCUGGAGCCAUUGGUCACCCUGGUCAUCCUGCUCCGUCACCUGCGAUGCUGGUGUCAUCACCCGUAUCCGCCUCUGCAACUCCCCCACCCCUCAGCUUGGAGGCAAGGACUGUGAGGGAGAGGGCCGGCAAACCGAGAAGUGUCAGAAAUCUCAGUGCCCCAUCAAUGGCAACUGGGGACCCUGGUCCCCGUGGGAUACCUGCACUCUCACCUGUGGAGGUGGUUUCCAGACUCGUAAACGCCUGUGCAAUGACCCAGCACCAAAAUACGGUGGCAAAGAGUGCGUUGGAAAUGCCAAAGACACCCAGCUGUGCAACAAGAAAGCCUGUCCAAUUGAUGGGUGCCUGUCUAACCCCUGCUUUGCUGGAUCCAAGUGCACCAGUUUCCCUGAUGGUUCCUGGAAGUGUGGGAAGUGCCCAGCUGGCUACACUGGCAAUGGUAUCAAGUGUAAAGAUGUGGAUGAGUGCAAGGAGGUCCCAGACGCUUGCUUUGAGUUUAAGGGUGUGCACCGCUGUGAGAACACAGAUCCUGGCUACAACUGUCUGCCCUGCCCUCCUCGCUAUUCAGGACCCCAACCAUUUGGCAGAGGAGUGGAGCAGGCUGUUGCUAAGAAACAGGUAUGCACACCUCGCAAUCCCUGCCUUGAUGGAAGCCAUGACUGCAACAAAAACGCCCGCUGUAACUACCUCGGACAGUUUGCGGAUCCCAUGUACCGCUGCGAGUGCAAGCCCGGCUAUGCUGGCAACGGACAUAUCUGUGGAGAGGACACAGAUCUGGAUGGAUGGCCCAACGCUGACUUGGUUUGUGUGGAGAAUGCCACAUACCAUUGCAAAAAGGACAACUGUCCCAACCUCCCCAACUCUGGGCAAGAGGAUUACGAUAAGGACAACAUUGGAGAUGCUUGUGACAAUGAUGACGACAAUGAUGGCAUUCCUGACGAUAGGGAUAACUGUCCAUUCGUGUACAACCCCAGGCAGUAUGACUAUGACCGCGACGAUGUGGGUGACCGCUGUGACAACUGCCCCUACAAUAGUAACCCAGACCAAACAGACACAGACAGCAAUGGAGAGGGAGACGCCUGCGCUGUUGACAUUGAUGGAGAUGGCAUAUUAAACGAGAAGGACAACUGCCCCUAUGUGUACAAUGUCGACCAGAGAGACACAGAUCUGGACGGAGUGGGAGACAUGUGUGAUAACUGCCCUCUAGAACAUAAUCCUGAUCAGGUGGAUUCAGAUGAUGACCGAGUGGGAGACAAGUGUGACAGCAACCAGGACAUCGAUGAAGACGGACAUCAGAACAACCUGGACAACUGCCCAUACAUCUCCAAUGCCAACCAGGUUGACCAUGACAAGGAUGGCAAGGGAGACGCCUGUGACUAUGAUGACGACAACGACGGCAUCCCUGAUGACAAGGACAAUUGCAGACUGGCCUUCAACCCUGACCAACUGGACUCUGAUGGUGAUGGCCGUGGAGAUGCUUGCAAGAAUGACUUUGACCAAGACAAUGUGCCCGACAUCUAUGAUGUGUGUCCCGAGAACUUUGACAUUAGUGAGACAGACUUUCGCAAGUUCCAGAUGGUUCCUCUGGACCCCAAAGGCACCUCGCAGAUUGAUCCUAACUGGGUUGUCCGCCAUCAGGGCAAAGAGCUGGUUCAGACUGUCAACUGUGACCCUGGCAUCGCUGUUGGUUACCACGAAUUCAAUUCAGUGGACUUCAGUGGGACUUUCUUCAUUAACACAGAGAGGGAUGAUGAUUACGCCGGCUUUGUGUUCGGCUACCAGUCCAGUUCCAGGUUCUAUGUGGUGAUGUGGAAACAGAUUACGCAGACAUACUGGUCUAACAAACCCACCAAAGCCCAGGGCUACUCUGGCCUGUCCAUCAAAGUGGUUAACUCCACCACUGGCCCAGGAGAGCACCUGAGGAACGCCCUGUGGCACACAGGAAAUACCCCAGGACAGGUCCGCACUCUCUGGCACGACCCCAAGAACGUUGGAUGGAAAGACUUCACCGCCUACAGAUGGCAUCUGAUCCACAGACCGAGAACAGGACUUAUUAGAGUCGUGAUGUAUGAGGGCAAGAAGAUCAUGGCAGAUUCUGGUAGCCUCUAUGACAAAACAUAUGCAGGCGGCAGGCUAGGUCUUUUUGUCUUCUCACAAGAGAUGGUAUACUUUUCAGACCUCAAGUAUGAAUGCAGAGAUGUCUAAAUGCAUGGCGCAGGAAGCUCUGAGGAAUGCACCUUUUUUUGUAUAAAGUAUGAACUUAUGUAUUCUGAUGAAAAGUCCAGGGACCGAUUCAUCUCCGCAACUCUUUCUUCUGCGGCACGCACACUUGGAUGAGGCAAUGGGCAUGUGGUCAGCCUCAGGGUAACUUGAAGCUGGUCCGGGCAGAGCACCAACCGUUUGACUGCCAGUUGAGGAUCAGAGAGCCCCUUCUCCUCCACCCUUAGCUUUCACAAGAGCAGAGAGAGAGAGAGCUGGGGGAAAAAACAAGCCCUCUAGCUUCGCCAGUAGGACACAAACACCUUUCUAUCCCAGCUCUGCCUGCUUUUCUCGCUCUCUGAAAGACCUCAUUCAUCUCUGUGCGGGAACGGCUCCCCAUAGACAACUAUGCACUUCCAAGCCUUUACAUCUCUCUCUCUCUCUGUCUGUCUCACCUCUUCAGCCUAUGUGCCUGUCUACCUUAGCUUCUGGAUGGACAUCCCAAAGAAGAAGAAAAAUGAAAUAUUUCCUUUGCUUUACCAGAUCUUCCACAAUGUAGAAUCUGAAUGAUACAUUUGAGGACUCAGAGGAUGAAAACAGUAAUAAUAUUUUGUAGGGAUGUUGGUUUUUGAGGAUUUAGGAAAACUGUUGGGAGUAGGGUAAGUUAGAAUAAGGGGAACAUCAUGUUGUGGAUGCGUGUGGUUAUGCAUGUACUGUAUGUGGAGACUGGAACAAGAAUGGGCUUUUAACCAUCUACCUAAGAAAGAAAAAUACAAGCUUAAAUUUAGGUUAGCUAUCUUCUGAGCGUACAACUAUCACAGUCUGGUUAACUAAACAACUCUCAGGGUCAGAUGGAAGUCUCAACCUGCCCAUAUCAAACCAGUAAGAAAAGAUAUGAGGAUUGUUUUACAGAAAAUUGCUAGAGCCAGUGUUCCCUCCAAAAUACUCCCCAGCUUACAUCAAAACCUUGGUCAUUGAAGAGAUUUAUCCCCCUCAGUUUCUGAGGAUUUAAAACUGAAAUUAUGUAAAUACAUGUAAGUUAUUUACUCUUGCCUACAAUGUAGGCAGCAAAGGAAAUACAAAAUGCUUUGAAAACGUAUAAAAAUAAAAAAUAUAUAUAGAUCCAAUAUCACAGUUAAAACUGAUCCAAAAUAAAGGUACAGCCAGGUGUCACUGUCUAAUAUCCCCAGCUGUAUCCACUGUAAGUGAAUUAGGUAUUUUUCAGAUAGGGCUAUAUAACAUGAAGUGUAUGUGACGUGUGCCUUUUCUUCAGAGAGAGAUGAAAAACAAAGGAAAUCUUUGAUGUACAAAUAUUACCUCAUUGCUGUUGUAUAAUUAGAUUAAACAAAAACACAACCUAAGUACUUUUUCAUAUUCCUUUAAAAUGAUGGACAUCUUUGUGCCACUGUAGCAUAAGCUGUAAAUAGUAUGACUUUUCAUAUCUAAAAAAAACACACAAAACGCUCCCAAUCCUGUGAUUUACCCCAGUGAGAACAGUACAAUGGGAGAUUUCUUUUUUAUGAAUAUUUUUGCCUUAUCAUGUAUGUUCAAUGCUGUUUUUAGCAGAUAAAUUAUUGUUUUGUCCUAGCUGUUUGUGUGAGAUUGGUGUGUGUGUGUGUGUGUGUGUGUGUGUGUGUGUGUGUGUGUGUGUGUGUGUGGGGAUAAAUGCUAUUUAAAUAAUUUAUCAGGAUGUGUUGCCUUACCAAAGGCCACAUGUCCAUCUGUAUAAACGGUUUGCACACUGACGUGAGGAUGUUCUGUUCUUUAUUGUUUUUACCUUCUUGGUUAUUGUGUAUCAAUGUUACCAUUAUUGGUAAUUAUUUAUACAAUUAGUUUUGCUUUUCUCUAAACAUUUUCUUAGUUGUACAAAGCGAAAAUGCUGUUUUUAUUCAUAGCGAUUAUUUUGUUACAUACUUCAAGACAAUAAAUAGUUGUUAAAAUUC